CCCGCUCCUGCUGCAGUCAGUUCUCAUCCGGUCCAGCCAACAUGAGUUUCACGGUAGACCACCACCUUUUCGGCCCGACCUCGUACCGCAAGGCUCGGCCUGCCUCGGUGUCUUCCAGCGGCUUUCACUCCCAGCGCCGCCGCCCCACCUACAGCCAGCCAUCCUCCGUGGACGGCUUGGAGACCUUCAAUGGCGACAUGACACGGAGGAACGAGAAGGAGAUUCUGCAGACUCUGAAUGACCGGUUCGCCGGCUACAUCGACAAGGUGCGUAACCUGGAGAUGCACAACCGCAACUUGGAGGCAGAAGCGGCAGCUCUGCGGCAGAACCAGGCCGGGCGCGCCACGGUCGGGGAGCACUACGAGCGAGAGCUGGGCGACCUGAGGGGUCUCCUGCAGCAGCUGACCGGGGAGAAGUCCCGCGCAGCUCUAGAGCACGAGCACCUGGAAGAGGACAUCCAGCACCUGCGGGUCAGGCUGGAGGAUGAGGCGCGCAACCGGGAAGAGUUGGAAGCUGCUGCGCGCGCCAUGAAGAAGUACGUUGAGGAGUGCCGGCUGGCGCGGAUGGAGCUGGACAAGAAGCUUCGUGCCCUGGAGGAAGAGGACGUUUUCCUGAAGAAGAACCACGAGGAAGAAGUGGCCGAGCUCCUCGAGCAGAUUCACGGCGCGCAGGUGAGCUUCGACAUGCGAGACACUCACAAGGCGGACGUCACCGGCGCACUGCGAGAGAUCCGCGCGCAGCUGGACGGUCACGCAUCCAAGAGCUCAACGCACGCGGAGGAAUGGUUCAAAGUGCGCAUGGAGCAUCUGUCUGAAGCUGCUCGGUCCAACCAAGGUGCAAUUCGUGGAAGCCAGGAGGAGAUCGUAGACUACCGCCGUCAGCUCCAGAGCCGCAUGAUUGAGCUGGAGACUCUUCGGGGAACCAAGGAGUCGCUGGAGAGGCAGUGUAUGGAAAGUGAAGACAGACACCACGAUGAUCUCAACUCCCUACAGGAGACCAUCAACCAGCUGGACAAUGAGCUGAAAACCACCAAAUGGGAGAUGGCCAGCCAGCUGAAAGACUAUCAGGAGCUGCUGAAUGUGAAGAUGGCUUUAGAUAUUGAGAUUGCUGCUUAUAGGAAGUUACUGGAGGGAGAGGAGAAUCGCUUCGUGUCAGGAGGAGGUCCGUACUCUUACCUGGAGAGCAGAAUCUCUUCCCACUUGAAAGUGAAAAGUGAGGAGAUCUCAGAUACAGUCAUAGUGGAGGAACAGACAGAUGAGACCCAGGUUACAGAGGUGACAGAGGAGGCAGAUGAAGAGGAAGAGAAAGAAGAAGAGGAAGACGAAGGCGAGGAAACCAAAGAAGAGGAGGAAGGAGAUGAGGAAGGAGAAGAUAAGGAGGAGGAAGGAGAGGGAGAAGUAGAGAAGGAGGAAGAAAAGGGAGAGGAGAAGGAUGAGGAGAAGGGUGAGGAGGGAGAGGAGAAGGGUGAGGAAGAGGAGGCAGGUGAGGAAGAGGAUAAGUCUGAAUCUCCAGAAAAGGCUGCAUCCCCUCUGCCUAAAUCUCCUGCUGUCAAAUCACCCGUGUCUAAAUCUCCACCAAAAUCACCAGAAUCUAAAUCACCAGAAUCUAAAUCACCAGAAUCUAAAUCCCCGAUGCCCAAAUCCCCGAUGCCCAAAUCACCGGCCAAGUCGCCUGCAGUCAAAUCCCCAGCAGGAGAUGAGUCAAAGUCACCUGUGUCAAAAUCCCCACCCAGCAAAUCCCCUGAAUCUAAAUCUCCUCGUCCCAAAAGCCCUGAACCAGAGUCUCCAGAGAAAGAGAAGGCCAAGCCUGCCGCUGCCAAAGACGCACCUAAAGAGGAGAAAAAAGAGGAGAAGCCUCAGCCUGUCAAAGAAGAGAAGAAGGAGAAAGAACAACCUGUGAAGGAGGAGAAAAAGAAGGAGGAGCCCAAGGAGAAAGAGCCAGAGAAGGCGGACAAAGCCGAUACAAAGAAAGAGAGCAAGGAAGACGAAGCGCCAAAAGUGGAUGACGCUUCGAAGCCGGCUGCUCCCAGCAAGCCCUCAGAGGACAAACCUGCCCCCAAGUCUGAGCCUAAAGAGAGUGCUCCCCCCGCCAAGGAGGACAAACCCUCUGCUCCUAAAUCAGAGAAGGCCGAGCCGGAGCCAAAGCCUACCCCUAAGGCAGAGCCCGAGAAAACAGAGGGCAAGAAGGAGGAGAAGAAGCCAGAGGAGAAGUCUGCACCUAAAGCCGAACCCGAGAAAACUGAGAGCAAGAAAGAUGAGAAGAAGCCAGAGGCAAAAAAGGAGACUAGUAAAGAAGAGAGUAAGGAGGUGAAGGACGGAGGGAAGGACGGAGGGAAGGCGGAGAAAUCUUCUGGCACGGAGGCGAAGGAGAGCAAGGAGGAGAAGGCCAAGAAGUGAGACCGAUAAGCUGUGAUGGAGGAGAGGAGGAGAUGCCAAAGAACUCUUUGGAGGAGGGGAGGUUAAAGAGCAUGUGGAAGGGGCUGGAUGUAGCCAGCUGCUCAGACGGGCGCUUUAAUGUCCAAAGCAAAGCAGGUGAUGGUAUGUAAGCAAUAGUGAUUUCUGUAGCAAAUAACCCCAUGCUCCCUAAGUAUGGCCAUUACACACCCCUGAUGCUUCUGAUGUAUGACUGUAGUGAAUGCAGAAUGCCCUCAACUCUUUAUCUGAAUGUGACAACUGCCCUUAAUUAAUGACAAGUGCAUUUAAAAUGAAUCCCGCUGACGGGGACCGCUACACACGCCUUUUAAGGGUUAGAGAUGUCAAUAUAUAAUAUAUAUAUAAUAAUGUAAAGCUAAAGAUUGUGACAGACAUUGACUAUAAAAACAUAUAUUUAAGGAGAUACAAAUCACUAUAUUAUAUUUACAGAUACAUCAGUAAGAAAGACUUGAAUUUUGCUUGUUGUGCACCUUAAUGCAGCUUCUCCUGACAGGUGAAGUCUCACUCUUCUGGUCUGCAAUGUUAGGACAAUGAUGAGUAUGUGUUACGUAUUUACUGCUGAGAAUAUGCAAUAUGAAACAUAAAUAAAGAAUGAUAAAUCAAACACAAAA